GGUGCAUCUUUGGGAGACAGACCACACUGCAGCAAGAUAGCUGAUUUGUAGAAAUUGUGGAAAGCAUCUGACACUAUGUGGCUAUGGAGGUUUGGAACACAACAAUUGUAACCCACUUCAUCAUCCUGGGCUUCCCAAGCCUCCAGAAGCUGCAGCUCUUGCUCUUUUUUGUGGGCUUGAUCAUCUACCUCAUGACCUUGUCUGGACAUAUUGUCAUCAUCACAAUAGUACGUCUCGACCUCCGCCUCCACACCCCCAUGUACUUCUUCCUCAGCAACUUCUCCUUCCUGGAGAUCUGGUACACCUCCAACAUUGUUCCCAAGAUGCUGCAGGUCUUCCUGGCCACAGACAGGUCCAUCUCAUAUGCCGGUUGCCUCGCCCAGCUGUACUUCCUCAUCACCUUGGGUACAGCUGAGUGCUUCAUCCUGGCCAUCAUGGCCUAUGAUCGCUACUUAGCCAUCUGCAACCCGCUGCGCUACCCGAUCCUCAUGAACAACAGGGUUUGUGUUCGUCUGGCCAUAUGCUCUUGGGUAGGUGCCUUUGUUGUCAAUGUUCCACCUCUGGUCUCCCUCUGCAAGCUGCCAUUCUGUGGGCCCAACGAGAUCAACCAUUUCUUCUGCGAUGCCCCACCCUUGCUGAAACUGUCCUGCAGGGACCCCCGCAAGGCCGAGACAGUCAAUUUCAUUGUGGCCACCAGCGUCAGCGUCAGCUCCUUCCUUCUAAUCGUGGUCUCGUACGUUCUCAUCAUCGUGACGAUCUUGCAGAUCCCUUCGGCCCCGGGGCGCCAGAAAGCUUUCUCUACCUGCGGCUCCCACUUGGCUGUGGUGACCAUCUUCUUUGGCACCCUGAUGUUCAUGUAUGUGCGGCCGACGUCCAGCUACUCCAAAGACUCAGUCAACUUCAACAAGCUAGUGUCCAUGUUCUACACGGUGGUGACGCCCAUGCUCAACCCCGUUAUAUACUGCCUGAGGAACAAGGAGGUUAAAGAAGCUCUGAGGAAAGCAGUGAUGGGAAGGUGUGUACUGCUGCCCAAGGCUGGGAACAUUCCUAACAGGGGUUGGUAAUAGAGGGGAAGGGGAAGCUGAGUAUGGCAGGGAGUGCGUGUGUGUGUGUGAUGUUAAAUAAGUAUUCCUCUAAGUCAAUAUGUUUCAUUCCUUUUAACUUAACAAACUUUACUAUAGGCUUUCUCUCUCUCUCUCACUCUCUCUCAUAUGCCGGAUAAAUCUAUCUAUCUAUCUAUCUAUCUAUCUAUCUAUCUAUCUAUCUAUCUAUCUAUCUAUCUAUCUAUCUAUCUAUCACCAAGCAAACAUCCACCCUGCCCCCCCCACACUCUCUCUUUCUAACCUGUUUUCUAUAGUGUCUAAGGGACAUAUCUUUAAAGGUAUUUAGGCAAAUAGUGGGGUAUUCAAAAGCACUUCAGUGCCUAAAAGUCAUAGAUUUUAAUUAGGCCUUGUCUACUGUACAGGGUAAGUUGAUGUAUGUUACGUAACUUGCGUAACUUAAGUCGACAUAGUUUACAUCGACUCGCCGCAGUGUCUACCCUGCUCUAUGUUGGUGGGAGAGGCUCUCUUAUCGACAUAGCUUCCGCCUCUCAUUGAGGUCAUAUACUGAAGUUGACGGGAGAGCGCUUUCCCAGCGACUUAUUGCAUCUUCAUCAGACCCGCUAAAUCAACACCGCCGCAUCAAUCACAGCACCGCCAAUUUAGCCCCAUAGUGAAGACAAAUCCUUAGUGUUAGAUGCCUAGGUGCAUUUGGAAAUCCCAUGAGUUCCUAAAUUUCUUUAAAAAUCUGGCCUUGUUUCUAUUCGAUUGUCUGUCAGUCUAUUGUUUGCCACUAUGAUCUAUCCACUAUCCUUUCACAGAUAGUGACUCUCUCUCUCUCAGUCCAUCCAGGGUCUUGUACUACACCCAUGAUAUCUGAACACCUCCCUGCUGGACCAUCCUCUUCUCCUCCAUUAUUAUACCAUAUUGCAUAGUUUAAACAGUUAUGUAUGCAAGCAGAUGUUUUAACUAUUGUAAAAGUCAUUUGCAAUUAUAAAUUUAAAUUAAUAAAUAUAUCUGUCAUCUA